AGGAAUCCACUUCAGCAGCGUCUUCUGAUCCAUAUUUCCACUCACUUCUCGAAAACUCCAAGGCAGACAUGAGUCUCUCUGCGAAAGACAAGGCCACGGUGAAGAGCUUCUGGGCCAAAAUGGAAGCAAAAGCCCCUGAAAUGGGCGGUGAAGCUCUGGGCAGGAUGUUGGUCUCCUACCCGCAGACCAAGGCCUACUUUUCCCAAUGGGGAUCGGAUCUGAAUCCCGAGCAUCCACAAGUGAAGAAGCAUGGUGCAACCAUCAUGGCAGCCGUGGGCAAAGCCGUCAAGUCCAUCGAUGAUCUUGUCUCCUCUUUGAGCUCCCUGAGUGAGCUGCAUGCCUUCACUCUCCGGGUGGAUCCUGCCAACUUCAAGAUGCUGGCCCACAACAUCAUCUUGGUUAUGGCCUUGUACUUCCCUGCGGACUUCACUCCAGAAGUCCACCUCUCUGUUGACAAGUUCCUGCAGAAUCUGGCUUGGGCUCUGUCUGAGAGGUACCGCUAAAGAUCCAGCAAAGCGGGAACAUCGACUGCCUACAUGCACCAUGUCAAUUAACAAUCCUUUCUGCAUGCAGGUGUCUGAUCAAUAAAAUCACAGUCGUAAAAAUA